AUGGACCAUCUUAAGAGUUUGAAUGAAGAAGCUUGGCAGUACCUGGCUGAUAUAGAGCCUGCACAGUGGACUAGAUCCUACUUUUCUUCAAGAGCUUUGACAGAUUGUAUGGUAAACAAUCUGAGUGAGAGUUUUAACUCUAUGAUUCUGAAGGCUAGAGACAAGCCCAUCUUAUCAAUGCUGGAGUGGAUCAGAGUUAGGCUUAUGAGCAGGCUGUAUAAAAAGAAGGUUGGCAUAGAAAAGUAUGAUGUUCCUUCUGGGAGGUUUGUGUAUGAGGUUGACAAUGGGAGGGAAAGGCAUGUGGUGGACUUGGUAAAUAGGACAUGUAGUUGUAGAAUAUGGGACUUGACAGGAAUCCCUUGCAAGCAUGGAGUUGCAGCCAUUUUUGUGAAUCGUGAGAAACUAGAAGACUACACCCAUCCAUGCUACUACAAGGAUGCUUAUGUGGAGACAUACAAGACACCCAUACCUCCCAUGCCUGGCCAGUCUGAGUGGAUGUCAAGUGGCCAACCCAAGCCUGUUGCAUCUAUUGUCUAUAAGCCACCAGGCAGGCCACCCAUGAAGAGGAAGAGAGAUGCUGAUGAGCCCAACCCUUAUAAGGUGUCUAGAGGAAACAGGCCAGUGAGGUGUGGAAGGUGUCAACAGGAAGGGCACAAUGCAAGGGGAUGCAAGGCCAAUGUCACUGGUGAGACAGCAUGGGAGAGGAGGCAGAGAUUGCAGAAAGGGAAAUCUGGAAGUGGAAGGCCUUCUACACAGAGGCAAGGAUCCCAGGCCCCAUCUUCAUCACAGACCCAAUCCUCAGCUCAGCCCCCACCAACACAUCAGCCUUACAUUAUGGCCUCAUCCAACCAGGCAGCAGGGUCACAGCCACAAGCUCCAGCUCCACAGCCACAAGCUCCAUGGUUAGGGCCACCAGCUCCAUGGUCACAGAACCCAAGUCAAUGGUACUCUUCAGACUUUAGGUACACAGUUAGAGGAGCUCCUUGGUUCUCUUCAAGCCAGCCAACACCACACACUCCUGCAGAAACAUGGGACAGUAGACCACAAUCAUCACAGCCUACAAGACCACCUGUUACCAGAGGAGCUGCUUUGAGAGGAAGGGGUGAUGCAGCUAGACCUCAGAAAUGUAUAACAAGAGGUGGAUAGGCCAGCUGUGGUGUGAGAGGCAGGGGCAGGGGCAGGGGCAGGGGCAGUAAAUGAAGACUAAGUCAAGACACUUUUGUUGCUAUGUAUUAGGGUUAUGUAGUGUU